AUGCCAUCUAUUAACCAGACCCACAACCUCUCCUACAUCCUUCCUCUAUUCACCUAUCUGCAUGACAUAGACGACGCCCUGCAUCUUGCCCGGACCUGCAAGGCGAUCUACACAGCCUUCGACGACUAUUACACCCGAGCCUGGAUCUUCGGCAGCAUCAUUAAAAACGCGCCUCACCACGAACAUGACGCUCGCCUCAGCGGCAUCCAAAUGCUCCGCGACGCCUUCCACUGGGGUCGCAUCCCCGCGCACGCCUACACCCGCCGCCACGACUUCCUUUCCGGCUUCAAUUUCCACCUCGACGCCGAGUCCAUCUUCGCGAUCGUCUGCCGCUACUACGCCCUCCGCACCCUCUUCUCCCUCUACUGCCGCAAGUCCAUCUACCGCGUCUACACCUCCGACUGGAAGCCCUCCUGGGACAUGGACUCGCUCGCCAAGGAGCGCUACCUCGCCGACACCAAUCCUUUGCGGCGCUCAACUAUCCCCCCAGCCCAUGUCAAAAUCAAACGCCUCACCCACGACCAGAAACACCGCGCCUACCUCCGCUUCUACAAGGCCCUGACCGCGCAGUGGUGCGCCCUCGAACACUUCUACCUCUCGCGCGCCUUCAUCUACCCCGACGACCUGGAGCAGAACGCCUUCAACAACCUCACGCUGAUGAAAUGGCGGUAUAACCCACAGCGCCCGCUAUCUGAGAAGCUCGACAUUCUCGAAGUCACCGAUUUCGUGUGGGAGUUCCUCCCCCGGAAGGUCUUCGACAGCGAGUCCCCUGACGCGUGUAACCCCGACGAUCCGACGUAUCUCGUCGAGCGCAUGUAUCUGCUUCGUCCGCCGCAGAUCAUCCAGUUCGUGGACCUGGCGCUGCGGGUGUCGCCGAGGCCGCUGCCGAGGCGGUUUGCGUUGUUCGAUGAUCUGAUUACCGAGUAUCAUCGGUUCGAUGGGGAGACUGUGGGGUUGAGUGCGGAUGAUUUCGCGUUGAUGGAUCUAGAGGAUGAGGUGGCGAAUUACGUGUGGAGGGCUGGGGUGCCCGGGAAGGAGCUGGGGUUUGUGCAGAGGGGUACGGAUCUCUUGACGGCUUGGUAUCGAUAUCGGGCGCAGGCGUGGUGGUGGGAUUGUCGCGGUUUGGUUCUUUUCAGGUCGGAGGGGGCGAGGCUGUUGGUGAACAGGAUGAUGGAGGUCGAGAUGAAGUAGUUGGUUUUGGUCUGGUGGGCUGGGGUAUGUCUAGAGAGUUGAUUCUACAAGCUUGAUAGAGGCUUGACUAUUGAGGAUUGGAUUGCUG